CCACGUAUCUGUCUUGUAGGAUAAGUUGCUUUGCAUCGUCGCGUCCGUUCACGUGCAGCAUGCUACGUCGGCGUGCAAUGCCUUGACGCGCGCCUGGGCUCUCGGCGAUUGGCCGAUGACGUAGAGGAGGCAAGUGCGACCGUUGACUUAUGAUAACACUACCGACUGAAAGGUGUACAUGUCAAGCCGCGUAUGAGGCUUGUAGUGCAUCCAGUUCCAGGUUGGAGAAGACGUAGUUCCAGAGUCGCGGCGCACCUCGGCUGGCGGGGUAAAGAGCCUCAUAGCUCGUCGCGCUGCACGUCUAGAUCGUAUACACUUUCUCACGUUCCAUACUACAGGAUCACGACCAUGGCAUCACCAAGAUGGAAGAAGCUGUACGAGUACGCAGCAUGUGACCUCGCCGAUGGCCUACUGAAGCUACAUGUACCAGGCGCAGGCUUCCUCGCUGACAUCAGGCCGCUGCUUCAUACAUCUAGCAUUCCCAAACCUGAGCUUAAAAAGGUCCUCGCGCCCGCAUCGACCUUUCUCAUGAUUCCGAAAGCGACCAAGUCGUUCCCAGCCCCUCCCAAGAUGCCUGAGAGCAUACCGGCUUCCAAUCUCGCAGAUUCCAGACCAUACGCAGACUACACCGAGAGCGGCACAAUUGUAGUCAUCAGCCAGCCUCCAGGACAGUCGUGCGCAGUCGUUGGGGGUAUCAUGGCGGCUCGCAUGCAGCAUCUCGGCGCAGAGGGUAUCGUGGUCGACGGUCGGGUGAGGGAUAUCACUGCGCUCAAUCAGACGCAGCUGCCCAUAUGGUCCAAAGCGACGUCUGUCAUCGGCGCAGGAGCCGAGACCAAGUUUCAUGCACACAAUGUACCCGUGAAGAUCGGCGAGACGGUGGUCGAAGCCGGCGACAUCAUCAUGAUCGAUCCCUUCGAAAACGGCGUGGUCGCGGUGCCACAGGGCAAGGUAGACGAACUGCUCGAUCUACUACCGAAGCUGAUCGAGGCUGACGAGAGGGUGAUUGCGGAUGUGGGCAGCGGAGUUAGCGUGGAGGAGGCGUUCAAGACGCAUAGAAACUAGUCACGUCUCUUCUACAAUAUGAAACCACAUUAUUGAAGCAAGACAGGGCGGAUGUUAUGGCGAAGUGAAG